GACAUCGGACACACGCCGUCGCCAUGUUGCUCCUAUUGGUUUGCCUGAGUUUUGUGGGUGUGAGUUUCUCCUAUGGUGAGCCCUGUACACAUGCAGUUAUUACUCGCUGUAGCCAGAUGUGGGGGCUUGACGAGGAUGUCAUCACUCGCCGACAACUCAUAUAUGGACGUCCUAUGCUCAACAUUUCACAACUGCUCACAUUCUGCAGCAACCCUGACCGAGCUGAUAUCUCAGAAUGCCAGCGGGAUGCCAUAGAAGGUUGUGAUUUGGGGCUAAGUGACGAAGGAAAUGAUCUCUGGAACGAAAUGAAUGACUUGUUGGGUUUAGCAGUCAAUUUUCUAUGCAGCAAAUCAAGCGUGCUGGAAAGGGAUCAGGCGUGCUUGGAUGGGAUAUCAAACCGUAUUGUUCGCUGUGCACAAGGGGCAUGGGUGCGGUUUACCCAAAGCGUGGGUGAAUCAACCACCUGGGGCGACCGAAAAAAAUUCAUGGAAAGAGCGGGACGAGACAGGGAAAGAUGCAUAUUUAAGGUGAUAAAAAAGAGAUGUAAUUCUGAAGUGGCUAAUGUCUAUGGAAACUUCCUUUAUGGGGCAACCGUUUAUCCGUACGACGAACAAAAUCAGAACGGGAGCUGAAAUCCUCCACUACACCGAGUCCAAAUCUUCAAGCCUUUGUUGUUGUUAUUGCAUGUUUUCGUUGGAAAAACAACACGUAGAAAUUAAGCACCAUGCCAAGAUUCUUCUACUAACUGUGUUUGCCUUUUGGACCAUAGGUCAAUGUUGUUAGAUGAAUAAAUGUUUUGAACGAGCUGUUUGCUGACUGUAAGUUUUUUGUUGUUGAGUGAAACUAACGGUUGCUCCCACAAUAUAUCUACUCUAUAGGGUGUUAAGGAGCACUAAACGCAACCGUUUAAUACACUCAUUUGGUGCAUCAGAAUGUCGUUACGAGACUGGUGUGGACAGAAGAAAGAGUGAUGUUAUUAUGCAUAUAUAGUGAUUGUUAAAAAAAAUCGUCAAGUAAACAGGUCGUGUCUGUGCACAGCAGAAAUUACUCUGGGCACUCAUCCCUCAUAAAAUCUAGCGCCGUCAUAAAAGUGAAAUAAUUCUGAUCACGUGGUUAACCCUUUCAGAAGCCGUAAAAGUGACAUGGUGCAAAAAAAAAUUUGCAAGAGAAACAAAAAUUACAUUGUGAAAAAGAAAUUUUUUGGAAGAGAAAAUUUGUUUUUUAACCCCGGACUUUUGAAGUUUAAAACUUUCAAGUUUAAAAGUCCCGACACAACUCACCAAUCAUAAUGGUUACCCCAUAACCUCCUCUCUAUGUAUGGGGCU